AGCGCCAUACAUCAUACGUUGGGUUAGGGCACUACCGUCGUCUCUUCUCCUUUUUAGUUUUCUUAUUACUCAAGAAAAAAGCCUCCGAAACCCAGUUGAAGGAAGGCAGGCAAGGGGGAGCUGCGGAAAGUAAUGGCGAACAAGAAGCAGAGGAAUGGGGAGCAGAAGCAGAAGAAGGGGGACCAGAAACAGAAGAAGGGGGAGCAGAAGCCGAAGCCGAAGCCGAAGCCGAAGCCCAAAUCCAUGGCAUCUGCAAACUCGGGCGGUCUAAUCACACAGACACUCGAGCGAUUUGGCUUGUCCAAUGACGAAGUUUUCACUUUUGAAGCUGAUCUUUCGAAGCGUGAACGCGCUCUAGUGCAUGAAGUGUGCAGGAAAAUGGGUAUGGCAUCAAAGAGUUAUGGGCAUGGAGACCAACGUCGUGUUUCCGUAUAUAAAUCCAAACUGCAAAUGGAAACCAUGAAAUUUUCUGAAAAGACAAAAAGUGUUUUGGACGAUUUAUUUAGUAGAUAUCCUCCUGAUGAUGGAGAAUUGGGUACAACUGGAGAGCAGAAUAAAAAGGCUGAUAAACAAAGGCGAAAGAAAGAUGAUAUUUUCUUCAGGCCCUCAAUGAACAAGGAAGAGAUAAUGAAGAAAGUGGAAUCAUAUGCUGCUAGAGUCGAGAGUGUCGCGAAUCUGAAAAAGGUUUCUUUGAGUAAAUGAACAAAAGUGAUGAAGUUUACUGGUUUUAUGCU